UGCCGUGCGAAGUUUGAAUUUGAAACGGUAAUGGCGCGUAGUGUGAUUUCAGGAAAAAGUGAUGUAGUAAUGGAGGGUGAUGAAAGCGAGGAUGAAAUUUUUGUAGGGCGGCUGCAGAAGAAGGAGCUUUUGAAACUCCGUGUUGCAGGGAAUAAAAUACCUACAGCGUGCAGAUAUCCAGUAGUUACUUCUGUCGAGACAUCAUAUUCAGGUUCAGAUGCAAUAAAUAACAAUGAACUGUCAGAAAAUAUUAGGUCAACAUCUACAGUGCAUCAAAAUGAAACAUUAUUACAUAAAUGUGACAUUAAAAUACAAAAACAGUCUUCAUGUGAAGAUAAAAGUCAAUGUACCACUACUGAGAACUUAAUAACAAAUUGCAACAUUACUGAAGGAUCUGUAGUGGUUGGAGGGCACCUUUCAUUACAAGCUGAAGUUGAUGCCACUGUAAAUAAGUGUGUGGAUGAAAAUAUUAAUACGAAUGUGGAAUGUGUGCUUUGUGAUUACAAGCUUACAUUAACAGAUAGAUCAGAGGGAACAAACCAAACUGACACAGUUACAUUUGAAAUUAUGAUUACAGAUGUAAACCCAACGAACUCUCUUCAUCCAGAUGUUCUUGAAAAUCUUCAGUUAUUAAGUGACACUGAAUUGUCGGAAGAGAUUACUUCAACAUCCUCAGUACAUCAAUCAAAAACCCAAUUGCGGGAGUUUGUUCCAGGAAAACUAGAACAAUCUUUGGAUGAGGAUAAUAGUCAAAAUUUGUUUUGUGAAAACUUGAUGAAGAACUGCAGCGUUACUGAAAGAUGUGUAGUGGGCAGCAGGCAUGCUUCACUACAAACUAAAUAUGUUGACACUGAAAAUGGGAGUGAAAAUGGACAUAUGGGCACAAAUAUGACCUGUCUGAUGUCAGCAGACAGAUCAGAUGGAGACAACCAAAUGUCUGCUGAUGUUCACUCAACAAACUCCUUUCUGCCAGAUGUUUCUGAAAGUUUUGAGUUGGUAAGUGACAUUGAAUUGUCAGGAGAGAUUACUCCAGAAUCUUCAUUACAACAAUCUGAAACCCAAAUGCAGGAAUUUGUGACAGGAAGACCGGAAAAAUCUUUAGAUGACAAUAAAAGUCAAGAUUCACAUUGUGAAUACUUGAUGAAGAACUGGAAUGUUACUGAAAGACUUGUAAUGGACAGCAGGCACACACCAUUACGAACUGGAACUCUUGACAUUGAAACUAAGAGGGAAAAUGGAGAUAUGGAUGCAAAUGAUGGCGGUAUUAUCUGUGAUGAGAAGUUAAUGUCAGCAGACACAUCAGAUGGAGACAACCAAACGUCUGUGGCUACGUUUGAGGAUAUGACUGUUGAUGUACAUUUGAGCAACUCUUUUCAGCCAGAUGACGUUGAAAAUGUUGAGUUAUUAAGAAACUCUGAGUUGUCGGAAGAGAUUACUUCAAAAUCCUCAGUGCAUCAAUCAAAAACCCAAUUGCAGAAGUUUGUUCCAGGAAGACUAGAACAAUCUUUGGAUGAGGAUAAUAGUCAAAAUUUGUUUUGUAAAAACUUGAUGAAGAACUGUAAUGUUACUGAAAGAUGUGUAGUGGGCAGCAGGUAUGCUUCAUUACAAACUGAAUAUGUUGAAAAUGGGAGGGAAAGUGGACUUAUGGACACAAAUGUGAGUGGUGGCAUGCUGUGUGAUGAGAAACUGAUGUCAGCAGACAGAUCAGAUGGAGACAACCAAAUGUCUGCUGAUGUUCACUCAACAAACUCUCUUCAGCAAGAUGUUUCUGAAAGUGUUGAAUUAAUAAGUGACACUGAGUUGUCAGAAGAAAUUAUUUCACCCCCUUCAGUACAUCAAUCAAAAACCCAGUUGCAGGCAUUUGUCAUAGGAAGACUAGAACAAUCCUGGGAUGAGGAUAAUAGUAAAACUUCAUUUUCUGAAAACUUAACAAAGAAUUGCAACAUUACUGAAAGCUCUGUAAUGGGCAGCAGGCAUCCUUCAUUAGGAACUGUAAAUGUUUCCACUGAAACCAAGAGUGCAAAUGGAAGUAUGGAUACAAAUGUGGGUGGCACGCUGUGUGAUGAGAAACUAAUCUCAACUGGCAGUUCAAAUGGAGAAAACAAAGUGUCUGUGGUUACAUCUGAGAGUGUGACUGUUGAUGUACAUUCAACCAACACCCUUCAGCCAGUUGUUUCUGAAAGGCAUGAAUUAAUAAACCACCAUGAGCAGUUGACUGAAGCUUCAGUGCUGUGUGGCACACACAUUUCCUUACCAACUGGAAAUGCUGACAUUACUACUAAAAAAGCAGAUGGAAAUACUACCACAAAUGUGGUUGCUGUGCUCCAUCCUAAAGUGAUUAUAUCAGCAGACCAAUCAGGAAGAGCAGACCAAAUUACUGCUGUAAUAUCUGAGAAUUUAAAUUUACAAUCAUCUGCCUUCCCUCAUAUAAAGGCUUUUGAAAGUGAUUGUGAUGAUGCAAGUAUCGACCCAGAGUGUAUGUUUCGAUCAGAAGUGUCAGCUAUAGUACGGGAUAUUAAUAAUUUGGAGAAGUAUGAAACAUAUUCUUCACCUGCAUCUGAAACUUGUGUUUUGGACAGCAGGAUCUCUUCUGAUGUUUCAGGGGUGAUGUAUUGUUCAAAGGAAUACAGUUCCUCAACUGAUGAAGAUAUUUUUGAAAACACUUUUGAAAUGAUGGAAAAACUGUUGAAUGGUUUUGAAAUGAAGCCGGACUGUGCCUGUGAAGUGGAGGCAGGCAGUGGACAUGCAUAUGAAAUGGACCCAGACCGUGUGGCGGGUGCACGCGAUGCGGAGCCGGACCGUGUGGCGGGUGCACGCGAUGCGGAGCCGGACCGUGUGGCGGGUGCACGCGAUGCGGAGCCGGACCGUGUGGCGGGUGCACGCGAUGCGGAGCCGGACCGUGUGGCGGGUGCACGCGAUGCGGAGCCGGACCGUGUGGCGGGUGCACGCGAUGCGGAGCCGGACCGUGUGGCGGGUGCACGCGAUGCGGAGCCGGACCGUGUGGCGGGUGCACGCGAUGCGGAGCCGGACCGUGUGGCGGGUGCACGCGAUGCGGAGCCCGACUGUGCACGACCCUGUGAACUGAAGAUGAACUCUGCUGAUAAUUUGGAGAAUGUAAAGUUUGAUGUUAAAUCCAUAAAAAGUGUUCAAAGAGAAUCACGAUGUGAAAGAUUCUUAAACAGAAGAGCCUCUGGGAAUAUUUUCUAUCAAGCAAGAUGUAGCAAAACACCAAAAAGAGAUGAAUCAACGCAGAAAAUGCCAAAAAAUAAGUUCUUACCACAGUCGGCUGGGUCAUUACGGAAAGGAAAACUACAGUCUGUGAAAAGUUGUGUUAAAGAGUAUCUGAACUCUACCCAACCUCCACUGUUUUCAAAUGUGAGAAAUAGAAAUGGUUAUGGAAUACAUCAGAAAGUAUUACGUUCCCCAAUGAAUGCGAAGAAGGUAUCACAAGAUUGCAGUACUCCCUGCAAGUCCAAGAAAAUAAUCCUUCCUCCAGUUACUUACACAAGUUCAUCAGCUGCUAAACUGGAUUUAAGUAAAUCAGCAUCAGCAAACCAUGUUGCAGAGAAAUGUAAAAGGAAAAUAGUUCCUCGAUCAAGCCCAACUGUCAUUAAACAUACAGGCCGUGCAGUUCUUCCUACGAAGCAAUGGAAACAAAAUGGCGAAUCGGAAGGAGAGGUUUCAGUUUUGCUUGCUUCGGAAGCCGUUCGUUCAAAUACAUUGAAAAACACAAGGAAGAAGAAAUGAAGAUCAUAUUUUACAGAUAUUAAAAAUAGAUUUCCUGUGUGUGUGUGUGUGUGUGUGUGUGUGUGUGUGUGUGUGCUUUAAGAAGAAUUUUGUCAUAUUUUUGUUUUUUAUUUAUUUAUUUUUUUUCAUUCUUGAUUUUUGUCUUAUUUCAUUGAUUUUUGGUGUUAAUACUGGAAAAUAUAUAUCACUAUCAUUUA